CGUUGUCCACGAUUGUCCCCGUCUCAGGUGGACCAGGGUCUGCAGACAGGCUUGACCCCAGGCAUGAAGCUGGAGGUGCGCGUGCGCUCGGAGGCCGACGCUCCUUACUGGGUGGCCAGCAUCAUCGCCACGUGCGGCCAGCUGCUGCUGCUCCGCUACGAAGGCUACCAGGACAACCGCAGCGCCGACUUUUGGUGCGACACCAUGACGGCCGACCUGCAUCCACUUGGCUGGAGCCGGCGGCAUGGCAAGAUCAUGAGAGCCCCUGACGGUGUGCGUGAGAGGCACCAAGACUGGGAGGCUUUACUCGACAAGGUCCUGGCUGAGGAGUGCAGCGCGCCCGCCCACCUGCUGGAAAUGCCUCAGCGCGGUCGAGACCCAGUGGAGCUACUCAGCGCCGGCCGCUACGUGGAGCUGCAGGACGGCGUCGACCCGGGGCUGGCCUGGGCGGCCGAGGUGGAGGAGAACGUCGGCGGGAGGCUGAAACUCCGGCUGGCGGGCACGGAGGGCCUCCCGGACACGCCCGCCACCCUCUGGCUCUUCUACCUCCACCCACGUCUCCACCCGCCCGGCUGGGCUCGAGAGCACGGCCGCGCCCUCGGGCCUCCUUCUGACCUGUUGACCCUGCGAACAGAAGAAGAAUGGGAGGAGGUGAGGCGGAGGAUCAGCGCGCUUCCUCAAGACGAAGCUCUGAGCGCAGAGCUCAACAAGGAGCAGCCUGGAGUUGCUCCUCAUUGUUUCAAAGAAGGGAUGAAGUUGGAAGCCGUGGACCCCGCCGCGCCCAUCUCCAUCAGGCCGGCCACUGUCGCCAAGGUGUUCGACGAGCACUACUUCCUGGUGUGAGCAUGGGACCUUUGCGGAAUGGAGGAGUCGGACGCCUCCGGGCGCUCCUUCCUGUGCCACAGGGACACUCCCGGGAUCUUUCCCGCUCAAUGGAGUCUAAAAAAUGGACUCCCUCUCAGCCCGCCGCCAGGGUACCAGGGUCCAGACUUUGACUGGGCCGAUUACCUCAAACGAUGUGAGGCCGCGGCGGCUCCUGAGCACUGCUUCCCCGCGGUAAGUCCAAAUCCCCUUUCGCAUCUGCCGCCGGCCGCGACGGCGCGAGGGCUCGCGGCUGGGCUCGUAUACCUCACACGUGACGCUGCGACGACCCAAAGGACAAGCGCAAGUCAACCUGUGCUCCUCCUAUGUUUCAGAUACAAGGGAAAGAGCUACCGAGCCACGGUGGAAAUCGUGCGCACGGCCGACCGCGUGGCCGACUUCUGCCGGAAGACUUGCAUCAAGUUAGAGUGCUGUCCCAACCUCUUCGGGCCUCGCAUGGUUCUCGAGCACUGCUCGGAAAAUUGCUCCGUCCUCACCAAGACCAAAUACACGUAUUACUACGGGAAGAAGAAGAGCAAACGUGUGGGCCGCCCGCCCGGAGGCCACACAAACCUCGAGGCCGGAGUGAAAAGAAGAGGGAGGAGGAGGAAGAGAAGGAAACAGCUCUUUGUCCAUAAAAAGAGACGCUCAUCGACGUCCGUCGAUAACACACCCGCCGGCUCUCCGCAGGGCAGUGGCGAAGAGGAAGACCUUGAUGAAGACGACUCCCUGAGUGAAGACUCCGGCUCCGAAGCGCAAGAUGAUCUCCAAGACGAUUCGGAACAAUCGGUGGAGAAGUCUCAGCCCCCCUCGCCGUCCCCUUCCCCGCCCGCGACGCCCCGGCCCACGCGGCGGCGGCGGAAACCUCGCUCGCCCUCUUUCUCCGACGAUGAGAACCACCCUCCGUCACCAAAGACGUCAAAGGCAGAACCUCCUCAAAAGUUGCGCUUGGACACCAGCCCCCUGGAGUGGAGUGUGACCGAUGUGGUUCGUUUCAUCAGGACGACCGACUGCGCGCCUCUCGCGCGCAUUUUCAUGGACCAAGAGAUCGACGGACAGGCUCUUCUCCUGCUCAAUCUGCCGACGGUGCAGGAGUGCAUGGACCUGAAGUUGGGGCCGGCCAUCAAGCUGUGCCAUCACAUCGAGAGGGUCAAACUGGCGUUUUAUCAACAGUUUGCCACGUAGCUGAAGGAAGGACAAGAAGCAAACAAGGAGGGGGACUAUUUAUUCUGACCUUCCAACAAAAAAAAAAAAAAAGACCCAUUCUGACCUUGCUUACACUGGACAGCACCUUGACACCAGAACACGACCACAAUUGAAGAGGGAUGGAAAGAGCAACAUCAACGGUGAGACUUCUGGGUGUUUAAAAAAAAAAAAAGUACAAAAGAGAGAGAGCUGCAACGGGUUCAUCAAACGCACAAUAGGCUCUCUUCAGGCCACUAAGGGUUGCCCCUAAGCCUCUGCUAUAAUUAAGAGUGUUUUGAAAACAAGAUGAUUUUUGUCGGUGUGAAACUUAAUUUUACAUUUUAAGUUUCAGAGAAGGCUUUUUAAUGUAUUUAUGUCUUUUAAGUGCUCCAAAUCCCCCCCGCCCCUCCACAUUGGAUUUUUAUUUACUUAUUCUCUAACUAUUGCUUCACAAGUACUUGUAAAUAUUUGAUGUUGUUGUGUGUGGCAGACAUUGUUUUGCCCCCUAAUCCGCUACGCUGGCUUUCGCCAGUCCAAUUCAAGCGUUAAGAAAGUCAGUCUCACAUAUGGCUCGAAGCGCUGGAAAACAGCAAACCUGCUUCCUCGCACGCGGCAAUACCCUUCGACACCGAAAUUGCAUUCUGUCAGAGUGAUGAAACAAAAUGUAUCAAUACAAAGCCUUCAGGUCAACUCCGGGACAGUUGGCGUAAUGAUGUCGAAAUGUUCGCGGUCAGGAAUUAUUUCAUGGAGUGAUAUGAUAUGACUUGAUUUUAGCGAGGACAGAGCUAAUUGUUUUCUCGUUGCCUUCUGAUACAUGGCCACGAAUGCAGGCACAAGUACUAUCGUCCACCGUAUCGCAAUACUGACGUGGCUUCAUGUUUGUAAAUAGCGUCCACAAAUAUCCGGAGUGCGACAGGGUCAUUCAUUGCAUGAGAAAUGAUUGAGAUAAAUAAUCCUAAUAGCAAUGUGGAAAUGCUCUAAAUAUUCACUAUAUUUGCACAGACUACAGUAGUUUACUCUUUCAAAACAAAGUCUUCGGAGCAGUAUUCAUGCCGAUGAUCAUUUCGGCCUCUUCGCGCCACCAUUUUUUUUCUUCAAUGAACUCACUGCGAGCAGCAAAUAAACCGCCAGAUUUUAAGAGCAAUGCGAUGCAUUGUAACAAAAAGAAAACCCUUCAUUUCACCUGGCCUUAUAGCGUGAUCAAUUGCCAUGGACUGUUUGUGUUUUUGUAACAAG